AUGCCCUUUGGAUCCUCCACCUCCCAUUCCCGCUCCACCUCGUCCGCAUUUUUGUCGGCGGGAGGAGCGCUCGCAGCAUUUGCCAGUCCCAAUCUCCAGCGCAUGUCCGUCGAUUUGACCGACCAGAGCAAAGAGAGGGAGCAAAGCAAGCCUUCCACGGAGACCUCGAAUCCCGACCCACCACCGCAACCACAGCCAACCCUCCACCCUUCAUCCGCCUCGAAUCGYAACUCCAUGGCCGAUCUACCCGCCCAAUCGCCGCGACGGCAGCAUUCGCACAACGAGCACCUGUCGAAUCCCUACACGCCGCAGCAAUCCUACCACCAUUCCACUCCCUCGGCCCCGCCCACGUUCAACAUCCAACAAGCCAGCUCCGCCAUCCCCUCCAAUCCCACCUCCACCACCGCCCUUCCCGGCGCAUUGCAGCCCGGUGGUCCUCCCUCCCAUUCCUCCUCGGCGCGUCCCGCAACAUCGGGGGGAUAUUCCGCGCCGUCGACGAUCCCCUCGAUGGCUCCCCCGCUGCCAUCCAAUGCACAGCAUUAUGCCCAAGCACAACAGCAGCAACCGUCGCUUUCCCGCCAAAAUACCAUUCACCAACACGGACACUCGCUGAGCAGUCCUUCCGGCAUGGAUGGCACGCAGAAAUACAUUCCCUUUAAUCAAACUCCCACCACCUCCAACCCCAAAGCCUACAACCUUUCCAAUGCUCAGACGCCCGUGGGCGCCGGUCCCUCACACUCUCCUCUCAAUCUCACCGACAUUCGAUCAAGAGCCAUUUCCGACGCGGGUGAGGGACCGCAGGGAACGGCCUUUUUCAGUUACGCCGACCAACCCAUCAACUCAAAUUACCUCGCUCCAUUCCCCACAUACGMCUUCGAUUGGUGCAAAUGGCCGGUCUUGGGAGGCAGUGGAGCGGGAAAGAUGGCCGUGGGAAGUUAUUUGGAAGAUCCGCACAACUUCAUUCAAAUCUUGGACACACACAUCACUCCGCAAGACGUGACCAGUCCGGGACAGACACCGUAUGGCUUGGAAUAUACAAAGGUGGCCGAGGCGACGUGCGCAUAUCCCGUGACGAGGAUCUUGUGGGAGCCUCCGAGUUCCCAAAAGCAGAGCACCGAUCUCCUGGCCACGAGCGGUGAUCAUCUACGAUUGUGGAGUCUGCCGCAAGGCACUCAAUCCAACAUCACAAGCAACAUCAAUCGAAGUGCCGCGGCAAACCUACGAGAACCGGCGCCGCAAAAAUUACAGCCUCUGGCUCUUCUAUCCAACAGCAAAACACCCGAACACACGGCUCCUCUCACCUCCUUGGAUUGGAAUACCCUCUCACCGAAACUCAUCAUAACCUCCUCCAUCGACACAACGUGCACCAUCUGGGACAUUCCCACCCUCACCGCCAAAACACAACUCAUCGCCCACGACAAAGAAGUCUUCGAUGUGCGAUUCUGCGCGGGAUCCGUCGACGUCUUCGUUUCGUGUGGAGCCGAUGGUAGUGUGAGAAUGUUCGAUCUUCGAAGUUUGGAACACUCCACCAUUAUUUACGAGCCUGCGGACAAGUCCGACAAAUCCGCCUCCCCAACUUCCUCCUCCCCAUCAAAGAGUGUACCCCAAACCCUCGCUCCCUCCCCACCUCUCCUCCRCCUAGCAGCUUCCCCACACGACGCUCACUUACUCGCUACCUUCGCCAUGGACUCCAACAUCAUCCGUAUUCUCGACGUCCGACAACCCGGCACCGCAUUAUUGGAACUCUCCGGCCACCAAGGAAACCUCAACUCCAUUGAAUGGAAUCCCAGCCGAAGAGGCAUGCUCGCGAGUGGAGGAGAUGACAGUCUCGUCCUCGUCUGGGAUCUCCUGAAUCAAAAUCCUCCUCCCGCGGGAGCACAAGCGGGAGAUGGUGGCAAGGGACCUUUUGCCAGUUGGAGAUGUGAAUAUGAAGUCGCCAAUGUCAGUUGGGCUCCGCAGGGCGAAUUGACCAGAGAAGGAGGGGAUUGGUUGGGUGUUUGUGCUGGGAGGGGCGUUUGGGGUGUUAAAUUGUGA